GUGUGCGCGAGCACUAGGACGGACCUCUUUGUGACUCAGUCUCCGCCCUGUUGCGCAGCGGAGGCGCAGCUAAUUCAGGGAGUUUUGGAGAAGAGCUAGAUGGAGGACUGUUAUUCCUCUCUUGUGAUUUCCCGAAAGGUUUACAGCCGUCAUGAAUUGUGUUAAACUUCUUCCUUCACUCCGCGCAAAUCGGAUUGCGUUACGCGCGACAUCGUAGCGCCACUUUAAUUGGAAUAUGGAUUCUGUAAGACGAAAAGGUUGAAACUUUUCCCCUCCCCGGAUCGCACAUAAUGGAGAGGAGACGCUCGUGGCCCGUGCUCUGCCUCGCGCUCUCCCUCAUGCACCUCUCAAUCGCGUCCGGUGAGCUCCUUUAUUCGGUACCGGAGGAACAGAAACCGGGGUCUGUCGUUGGGAAUAUAGCGAGGGAUUUGGGUCUCAGCGCGAUGAGGAUUACUGAAAGAAACCUAGAAGUCGUGUCGGGAUCUAACGCGCAAUAUUUCGAGGUAAAUCCUAACGGUGUCUUAGUUAUUAUAGAGACUAUAGAUAGGGAGCGCAUUUGCGCUUUAAGUUCGACUUGCUCUUUGCACCUUCAAAUUCUUCUUCAGAACCCUUUAGAAAUUCACAGAGUUCUUGUUCAAAUUGAUGAUGUAAACGACAACGCGCCGCAGUUUCCAAACGUGAAUUCAUCACUAGAGAUUUCCGAGGCGGCCGCUCCGGGAACGCGGUUCCGUCUGGAGAGCGCACGCGAUCCCGAUGUGGGCAUUAACUCUCUACGCACGUACAGCCUCUCCAGCAGCGACUAUUUUGUUUUAAACGUGGAGACUAAAAGCGACGGUAGUAAGUUUCCAGAGCUCGUCCUGGAAAAGGCUCUGGACCGGGAGUUGCAGGCCGCGUUUCGCCUCUCGCUCUCGGCCGUGGACGGAGGACAGCCGGAGAAAUCCGGGACCACCCUCCUGCUCAUUAAGAUUCUGGACGUGAAUGACAACGCGCCGGUGUUUGAUGAGCCGGUGAAAAGGGUUAGUCUUUUGGAAAACUCUCCUCCGGGAAUGCUUGUGACUAAACUGAAUGCCACUGAUGUGGACUCUGGGAUAAACGGAAAAAUAUCUUACUUAUUCAGUAAAUAUACACCAGAGAGAAUACUUAAAAUGUUCAGUGUUGAUUCUCAAUCGGGGGAAAUCCGUGUUGUGGGGGAUGUGGAUUAUGAGGAAGCAAAUGUGUAUGACAUCACAGUUCAAGCCAGGGAUGGAGGCUCUCCCGCCAUGGAGGGCUCAUGCAACAUUAAAGUGGAAAUAAUCGAUGUGAACGAUAACACUCCAGAGGUGACAUUAACCUCCCUAAACAGCCCCAUCCGGGAGGAUGCUGACACCGGCACUGUUAUUGCAUUGAUCAGUGCGAAAGACUUAGAUUCUGGGGAUAAUGGAAAAGUCACACUUAGAGUAUCCCAAGGGCUUCCGUUUAAACUAAAGUCAGCCUUUGGAGAGCACUACACACUUGUGACCGACAGACGUCUAGACAGAGAAGUCAUUGAUGAGUACACUGUUGUUGUCACUGCAACGGACUCCGGCUCGCCUCCGCUAUCCUCUCAGAAGACUUUUGCGGUCCGUUUAUCAGAUGUUAAUGAUAAUGCACCAGUGUUCUCGCAGAACUCCUACUCGGUGGAUGUAGCUGAAAAUAACGCUCCUGGUACUCCAAUAGCAACCGUUUUGGCAUUAGACCCAGACGUCGGAGACAAUGCCCGAUUGUCAUACUCCAUCCUACCGACCACUAUCCAUGGCAGCCCCAUUUCCUCAUACGUCUACAUCAACCCCGACAACGGGAACAUCUUCACCAUGCGCUCUUUGGAUUACGAGCAAAUGAACACGUUCAAGAUUGAAGUGCAGGUUCGCGAUGCUGGAGCGCCGCCACAGACGUCUAACAUCACCGUUCAUGUUUUUGUGGUCGACCAGAACGACAACCCACCCGUCAUCCUUUACCCAACCUACUCUGAAGACGCAGGGCUCCAGCUGACCGUCCCACAUGGUGCCCCUGUCGGUCAUCGUGUUAACAAGCUCGUCGCCGUUGACCCCGACAGUGGCCACAACGCUUGGCUCUUCUACAGCAUCGCUCCAGGAGACGAUUCAUCACUGUUUCACAUCGAACCGCACACGGGUGAGCUGCGUACCACACAGAAACUCAUGGACGAUGAACAGGGUGGUAAAACCCACCCAGCUUAUAACUUCAUAGUGGUUGUGCGAGACAACGGCCAGCCAGCUUUGUCCACUAGCGUUUCGGUUACGGUUACCAUAGAAGAAAAAAGCCCGGACAAAUCGACAGACUUCCGUAUAACACCACACAAGGGGACGGGAGUGACGGAUGUCACUCUGUACCUCAUCAUCUCAUUGGGCUGUGUGACGUUGGUGUCACUCUUGACCAUGACGGUGCUCUUGGUACGGUGCAUCAGGCACAAGGGCGGUUCGACGUGCUGCUACUCCAGAACGGGCUUCCGUUCCAGGCCCUCCUAUCAGCAGAGAGCCCAUAAGGACCUUCACCUACAGCUUAACACUGAUGGACCCAUUAGAUAUAUGGAGGUGGUUGGAGGGCCUCAGGAACCUCACACGAGGACCUACAGGCCCUGCUACUCAACACUCUCCAGCAGGAGUGACUUUGUGUUUGUCAAGACUCCCAUCUUGAGUCAUAACAACACACUAAACAUGACUUUGACUAGGAAGCACUUAAUGAACUCAGCCAAUGAGCAAAAACCACCCGGCGCUGACUGGCGUUUCACCCAGAACCAGAGGCCAGGGCCCAGUGGUUCCUUCAAGCUCCAGUCUACACACGUAAGAUGGACGCCGCCGAGCAGGCUGAGGGCUGCCGCCACUCCUGAGGUUGCCGUGGGAACAGGACCCUGGCCCAACCCUCCAACCGAGGCCGAGCAGCUCCAGGCGCUGAUGGCCGCUGCUAACGAAGUCAGCGAGGCGACCAACACUCUGGGUCCAGGCACCAUGGGUCUGAGCACCCGCUACAGCCCUCAGUUCACCCUGCAGCACGUCCCUGAUUACCGGCAGAACGUCUACAUCCCCGGCAGCACCGCCACCCUGACCUCCAACCAGCAGCAACCCCAGCAGGCCCUGCCGCCUCCACAGGCCGCCAUAGCCGCUGCCCAACCUGAGCCGCCCAAAGCCGCCCAGACGCCCGCCAGCAAGAAGAAAUCCACCAAGAAAGAUAAGAAGUAGAGAGUCGUAGGUAGAUAUGAGGUUUAGGGAGAUUGAAAUAGCUGCACGGCUCCAUUCUGUGCUGCUCUGAG